AUGUCUCACCUUAUCCUUCCGGGAACUACACACAAGUAUUGCUUCCAGCCAAAUCUCACCGAUUCGUCUUUCUUGACUAUGAUUCCUAUCGCCAGUGCCAGAGGGUUCACGUCCUCAGAAGGGAAACGAUUUGAAUGGCGCCGUGUGCAAGGAAACCCCACCUCAUAUGAUCUCUAUAUGUCGCCUGAUAUCCAUAUUGCAGCUUUCCGACGCUUUGUUUCUUCUACUGCAGUCGGCACUUCACACGGGCUGCUGCAGUAUAGAUUCACCAAUGACAUAUUAUUGCUCGAAUCAUUACUUUCUUUGUGUCUCAUACGAUGGAUCGAUUUACACGGAACAUAA